AUGCCUUCCUUGAUGGAUCUCCCCCUGGAGGUCUGUACCAUGAUUUUCAAAGAGGUAAUCAAUGGCCAUCGCACCCCACCCAGCUGGCUGGGACACAUUGGAAACACCCGGUAUGACGAUCAACAGGCGGACCAGGCUCUGAAGUACAAAACACGCCCAAAGUGGCCAUUGUGCUUAUUGAAAACCUGGUUGAAAUCUACGUUCAGUAUGGGCUACGCAACUGAGGAAUAUGGGGGAAUCAUUUAUGAGAGGACCGGCACUAUCUUUAUGAUGGUAAAUGGAAGGCUGGAGACUAGCCUUGAUCUUGCGGAUGGAUUGGCCAAGCUGCUGGUUCAGAGUCCCCCCGAAACAAUGGACCAGGUAUAUUGGGGUGUUGACGUGGGUGAGUUUCAGAUGUGGAAAGAAACGACAAUCCUAGAAAGGCAAGCUCCUUGA